GCCGCAAUUGGCCCCCGGGCCACACUUUGGACAUGCCUGAUGUAUACAAAUAAAUAUUUCAAAAAGAGGCAUAGUCAAAGAUUAAAUAUGGUCUCUGAUUAUCCCCCUUGUUAGAAUUUAAGAUUAAUACAUGCCUAGAUAAUUUAUGAAAUGUUAUGUAUUACCUCUGUAGGAUUUAGUAAACCUAGAGAAGAACCUAGGGAUACUGAAAAGAAAAGAACCAGCUCUCAAAUUCUUAAACCUGCUGAAGCAAAGCAGAGCUUGCCCAUGGCUGAGAACAUGGACGUAGAAGUUGCAAGCUCAGUUGCUGUCCUUGAAAGCAAGGAAGAAAAUGAAUUUAUUAUAGAAGAGAAACUGGACACAGAAGAUGCCAGUUUAUUAACAUCAGAAAUCAAAAACAUCUCAAAGAUGAACAAGAACAAGGAUGAGAAACUGGCUGUAGAAGCUGCACGCUCAGACACAGAAGAAGCCAGUUUACAACCAUCAGAAGGGGAAAUCAUCUCAAAUAACUCUGAGGAGCUGCAUGCAAAACAAGAUGUAUGUACAGUCCAUGUUCAGGAGUUGGCUCCUGAAAUAGAACAUGAUGCACUCAUUGCACAUGAACUAACCCCAGAAAACAACAGGAAUGCAUCUAUUAAUAAGAAUGAUUAUGAGUUACCUCAAGUUGGCUCAACCACUGAGGAGGAAUUUUUCAUGGCUGAUGAGUUUUCUCCACAAGAGAAACUAAAGCCAGAAGACACCAACAAAGAAGAAGAGGAGGAAUUUUUCAUGGCUGAUGAGUUUUCUCCACAAGAGAAACUGAAGCCAGAAGACACUUACAAAGAAAAAGAAGAAGAAAACAAUGAAGAAGACACCAAAGAAGAUGAACAGGGGACACCAACAAAUACCAUCAGAAUACUUGGUAUAACUGCUUCCCUGGUUUUUGGUCUGUAUCUUUUAUUUGCUGUGGUGAUUGGUUGUAAAAACUAGGAUCAACCCACACAUCUGAUGCAACAUGAUUGUUUCACUCUACAAAUUUGGGCAUUUUCACUUGUCCCCCUUGGGGUGAUUAUCAAAGCCCUUUUAUUUUUGUAUUUCAUUUUUGGAGACUAUAACCUAGUCCUAUCAGAGAAUAGAGAUCGCCCACACCCCAUUACUUAAACAGUACAUAUUUCAAUGCCAGAGAUUCCAUCAACUGAUCCACAGAUCAGAUCUUAGGGACUUAUGGGGCAUACGCCAUCCCAACAAGAGAGCAAAUACCUUUUACUCCACUUGCCGUGUGAGUGCAUGCGCCGGUUCGUAGUCUGCAAGGUCCUAGCUCC